GCAACCCACAACUCUCAAAGAUGGAUCAACACUGCCCCCACCGGAUUCUUUAAUGCGCCAGCUGAUUGACAUUGCCAAUAGUGAAAAUCCACCAUGUUCCAAUUGUGAUAAAAGGGAUAGGUCAAAUAUGUAUUACUGCAAUACUUGUGGACAAGCCUUGUGUCUUCACUGCCGUGAGAAUACCCAUAGAGCAAAGAUGUUUUCUACCCACGAUGUUGUUCAUAUGAGCAAAUGCGCCAAGGAAGCUAAAAAGUGUCUCCAACAUGGAGAACACUAUAUAAUGUUUUCGCCGCUGCAAAACACUAUGUUGUGUGUUAACUGCUUCAGAGAUCUACCCAAUGAAAUACGUACCCAAUGCGUCGACAUCGAUACUGCUCACGCUCAAGCUGCAAAACGCUUAGAAAGGGGUCAAAAUGCAAUAAUGGAUUUACAAACAUCUGUGAGAGACGGCAUAAUCGCUCUGAAAGGCCUGAUGGACGAAUUACGAAGAAACAUGGACAGCGAAAAACACACCAUCAACACUUUUUGCCACGGCAUGCAAGAAGCCAUGGCGAAAACUCACGCAACAAUGAUUAUGGAAGUCCAACGACAAUACGAAAGUAAAGAAAGAAUUUACAGAAGCCAGCUGGUUGUAUUGGGUACCGUCAUGCCAGUAUUACAACUGCAUUUGGUUCUUUGCACAACCUUCACAGCUGCUGCCAAUAAGUACCAAUUUCUAGAACUGUGUCCCUCUCUUAUAGAAAGACUCUCUGCGGUAGGAAAUCUAAGCCAGCCUGUUAGAUCUCUGCAGUCGUCGCAAAUUAAGACAAAUUAUAGAAGCGAAUUCGCUCAGAGUCUUGAACCUUGGAUUGGACCUGCUGCUGUAAGUCAGCAUCAGUCAGAAUUGGCUGCUACUUCCAGAAUGUACGACAGCGUCCCGCCAGCUACCAAGAAGCAACAAACUGCUCUUAAGAACAAGCUCUUGGAUGGAGAUAGUUCAUUUUCCACCCAUUGUCGAUCAUUUGAAUCCCAAAUUAGAGAUCUCAAUCAACAGUUUAAUUCCAUCAAAGAAAAAGUUGGUGAAUUACACAAAGACAUUAGUGCCUUGCGAAAGGCACAAACUCCACCUCUGGCAACACGUUAUGAGAUGCUCAUAAGAGAGUGUUUACAUUUAGAUCAAAGUUUGGAAAGGUAA